AUGUCGUAUUCUUUUGGAGCUGUCGCGAAAGCGGCUCAACGCGCGCACUUUCGACAUGCGGCUAAUCGGAUCUCGAGUCGAACGUGGCAAAUAUGGAGGAGGAACAUUGCGACGAAGAGUGAUGUAAACAAGCAGAUGGUUGAGAAACUUCCUUUGGCCGGCAUCAAAGUACUGGAUAUGACGCGGGUGCUUGCAGGACCAUACUGUACACAGAUUCUUGGAGAUUUGGGAGCGGACGUUAUCAAAAUCGAGCACCCUACAAGAGGCGACGACACGAGGUCCUGGGGUCCACCAGAUGCGCCCUAUAUCGAUGGCAUCGAGCGUCAAUUCCCUGGCGAAAGUGCAUACUAUCUUUCUGUGAAUCGCAACAAGAAGUCGGUCGGGCUAGCUUUCAACAGCCCCACCGGUAUCUCCAUCCUCCAUAGACUAGCCCAAGAGUGCGAUGUCCUCGUCGAAAACUAUCUCCCCGGAUCACUCGCCAAGUACCAACUCGACUACGCGACGCUUGCGAAGCUCAAUCCCUCCCUGAUAUACGCGUCUGUCACUGGCUAUGGGCAAACUGGGCCAUACCGCGACCGCGCGGGCUACGACGUGAUGGUUGAGGCUGAGAUGGGCUUGAUGCAUAUCACCGGCGAGCGCGACGGGCCCCCAGUCAAGGUCGGCGUAGCGGUGACGGAUAUCAUGACCGGGAUGUACACUGCGAUCGGCAUACAAGCAGCGUUGUAUUCGCGGAAAGAGACCGGCUUAGGUCAGUGGAUCGACGCGAGUUUAAGCGACGUGCAGGUAUCGGGUUUGGCAAACAUCGCCAGCAGCGCGCUGGUGACAGGUAAGGGCGACAGCGGACGAUGGGGGACUGCACAUGCAACAGUAGUACCCUACCGAGCCUACAAGACAAAAGACACCAACAUCGCAGUCGGCGGGUGCAACGACCGCCUAUACGGCAUCCUCUGCGACAAGCUACAGCGUCCAGAAUGGAAGACCGAUCCCCGCUUCCUCACGAACGCACUACGCGUCAAGCAUCGUACCGAGAUCGACACGCUCGUAGAGGCCGAGCUCAUGACCAAGACAACGCAGGAAUGGUUGGAAAUCUUCGAGGGUAGCGGCAUGCCAUACGCGGCUGUCAACGACAUCAAGGGCACGGUCGAGCACGAGCACGUUCUUGCGCGUAAUAUGAUCGAAGAGGUUGAGCACCCUGCAGUAGGCAAGGUGAAGCUUGUCAAUCAUCCGGUCAAAUAUUCGAGAGCAGAGCCGCGGAUCAGGAGUCCGCCGCCGUUGUUGGGUCAGCAUACGGAUGAGAUAUUGAGGGACGUACUGGGGUACGACGAGGCCGGAAUCAGAGAGCUGAGAGAAAAGAAGAUAGUCGCAUAG